AUGGCGGACACUGAAGAAGACCCUAACUCAGAUGAAGGUGCAAAGAUGAAAGGAUGUACAUCUACAGUUAGAUUUAGAUUUGAACAGUAUUUGUGUGAUGAUUCUUUGAUUGAUUUGUGCAAGAAAUUCGACAAAAUAACCUUAGUUGUCUUGCUGAAUGUCAUUGGGGGGAGGGGGGCGCUUGUUGAGUUUCUUAAAUGUGACUUGAAUGUUGCUGUUGAGGAGCGUGUAGAACUUAUUAAGUUUAUCAUUGAUACAACCAUAAUAACAAUGGCUGCCAUGCUUUUUUUAGCAUGCAUGCCUAAUAACUUUGGUUGUGUAGAAAAGAACUAUCGCUAUCUUCGAUGUGAAUGGGAAGGGAUCUCGGAAACAUCCUGCUGGAUUUUAUCAAACUCCAGAGAUUCCAAUAUCAGUAUAUGUGACAUUCAGAGAAAAGGUGAGAAGCUGUUUUGCAACAUCUCGCUUGGGAACUACAAUCAGCUGGGUCUAAAUGAAUUCAUCGUGAUAAAUGUAUGCAACAACACAGAAGAGGCCAGAACGAUUUCAACAACAGAUGACAAAAAUGUACAAUUAGAACCAGUGAAUAAUUUUCGCUCGAUAUGGGCAUCAAAAACAAUAGUAAAUCUAACAUGGACGCUACCAAUCUCGCCCUGCGCGGUGAACGACGAGACCGGAGGUGUAAACUGCUCUGUCCUUAUCGACAUCACUUCUGCUGAUCUGCCAUCAAAGUCUGGAUGGUUCUUACCCAAGGUACCCCCUAAGAGUAAAUGGACAGCGAUGAGCAAAUCUGGUUCAAUAUGUACAAGUUCAGCUUCUAUGUCCCUAACGUUUGAAAAUCUUCAACCGUCAAAAAGUUACACUGCUGGGGUAAAAUGUCGUCCUUUUGGUUCCAGAUUUUGGAGCGGUGUUUCUGAAUGUAACUUCACGACCCGUAAUUCAAAACCACAACACAGUCCAUUGACAGACACAGGGUCCUAUGUUUUGUACAAAUGUGGAAGUUACAAGUGCCUUGCAGUGUACUGGAAAACGACUCGAUACUUGAAUGAAGAGAUAAGUGGUUAUAGCGUUAACGUUUCACAAACAUCGACACCAAACGACACUAUGGUCAACUGCAAUAUGGCAAAAUUAUCAAACCUCCCUGUAUUGCCCGUGUAUACCAUGUCAGUCUGGGCGUGGAACACUGCCGGAACCUCUUCUCUUUCAACAAUAGAAAUUACCGCCAAAAAUUCCGAUGAAUAUAAGCCUCUUUUUGUGUCGUCUAAGCUUGUUAAAAGCUACACAUUUGAAAUAACAUACAGCAGGGGAGCUCAUGGUCCUCCUGUAGAUACUGCAGUAUAUUACUGGUGUCGAGGAGAUUUGCAUGGUCUUGUAGUAAAUUGUCAGGAUACCAUAAACUGGAAGAGAGUCAAAAUUGAAAAUGAUGAAAAACAUUUCGAUACAUACAAAUACAAUAUAACAACAGCUCUUGAAGAGGGUCUACAAUUUGCAGUGGCGCUUUUCAAUAAUGGAUCGACUUCUGGAAUGGUCUGGGGAAACACGGUUUAUUUGACCUCCAAACAAGAUUCUGUUCGGAACACGGGGGACUCGGAGUCUACGACAAUAGCUGUUGUCAUAUCUGUUACAGUAGCAGUCAUGAUUUUAAUUGCGCUGUCAAUUUGGUGGAGAAGUUUCUCCUUGCUGGUUCUGCUUUUUGUCAUCUUCUCACUCAUUAACGACGACCUUACAGAGGAUUACAGAGCUCUGAUGGCAAAGAAUUUCUCGGUGAUGAAAUCUCAAAGUUUUGGAACUGUCAAACUAGUCCAUGAAAACCAUAACCAUUUUUUGCAACUCGAUGAGACUAGAGACCAUGAAUGCCAGUCGACCGUGUUUGUAAAUGGUAUCUCCAAGAUAAAAGAUAUUUUACACACAGACACAUCCUUCCAUGAACUCUUACUAAAUGGUGCCUCUUUCACACGACCUAAGAACUGCUCUCAGCCGGUCUACCUUCCAGCAUCUGUCACAUCUUUGCCCUUCCCAGCAUAG